AUGCAUCCCACGCAAGCCCUCGUCUCGCUUCUCUCCCUGCUCCCCCUCGCCGCCUCCCAGGCCUCGGGCACCGGCUCCACGACGCGCUACUGGGACUGCUGCAAGCCGUCGUGCGCGUGGCCCGGGAAGGCCUCCCUCGCCGCCGGGCCCGUCGGCACGUGCGACCGCAACGACAACCGGCUCAACGACGGCGGGGCCACCAAGUCGGGCUGCGACGCGGGCGGGUCGGCGUACAUGUGCAGCUCGAACUCGCCGUGGGCCGUCAGCGACAGCCUGGCGUACGGCUGGGCGGCGGUGCGGAUCUCGGGCGGGACGGAGGCGUCGUGGUGCUGCGCGUGCUACGAGCUCACGUUCACGAGCGGGCCGGUGAGCGGGAAGAAGAUGGUUGUGCAGGCCACGAAUACCGGGGGCGAUUUGGGGCAGAAUCACUUUGAUCUUGCUAUCCCCGGCGGCGGCGUGGGACAGUUCAACGCGUGCACCGAUCAGUACGGAGCGCCGCCGAACGGGUGGGGCCAGCGAUAUGGGGGCGUCAGCUCCCGCUCCGAGUGCGACGGGUUCCCGGAGAAGCUCAAGGCCGGAUGCUACUGGCGGUUCGAUUGGUUCCAGGGUGCCGACAACCCGAGCGUGUCCUUCAAGGAGGUGUCGUGCCCGGCCGAGAUCACGGCCAAGAGCGGGUGCAGGCGGAACUAG